AUGGUAUCAUACAAGUCUAGUGAAUAUGUCCAGGACUCGGACUCUGACUCCGAUACUGACAACCAAUUCGAGCCUCCUAAGAAUUUCCAUAAAGUUUCCAAUUCGGCUUCCACGCCUUUCCCAAUAGCAUCUACUGUUUCAAACAAGGAGAUCUGGUUGAUUAAGGCACCAAAAGGUUUCCCCAUUAAUGAUUUGAAGAGCUUGCCAGUUUCUUUCACAUCCACCUCUAUAAACAAUGGACCAGCCCCGGUCAAAGUCAAGGGACAAUCUUUCCAGAUCAAUGAAGAGUUAUUGGUCGAAGAUGCUACUGAGAAUCGUAAAUACUCCAUCUUGGUAAAUACCAAGAAGAAUUCUUCUUUCAUACCUUUGGAAAGUCAAAACAUAGCUCGUUUUUACAACGUUAGAGAAACAGUCAAGAUUCCAAAAAUAGAUCUCGAAAAGGUAGUCAUACCAAGGGUAGAUGUCGAGAAGGUUGAAGAUUUGAGAAUGAGACACUUCCCUACCGGAUAC